CCGUCUGAAAGGCCUCGCUGAAAAUGGUCUGCCUGCUUACUUCUCCCACUCCAAGGCCGGCGUUUCAACAAGACUGAUAAACCAGCCUUGGUGACAUUUAAAAAUGGAAAAUGGAAGCUAUAGUCACGAUGAAGGAAGCCCUGAACACCACCAGAGAUGAAGGACCUUCAUUGCUGCCAGAAGCACCAGGGGCGUGACUGGCAUUUCAGGUCUAAGGUGUCUUCUUCUAUGCUGCUCUUGAUUCAAGUGCUGUGUCUGAGUGCACUCGUCCAUGAUGUUCAACCGGAAGGCACCUCUACCACCCGAGCCAAUUGUGGGAGCACCACGGUACUUGCCUGCCCCUUCACAGGUGAAGGAGAGGGAAUGAGGGUAACCUGGCAGAAGAAGAAACCUCUGUUGGUGGUCUACGUAUCACAUGGUGUGCCAAGCAGUCAGUACAGGAACCGGACGACAAUGCAACUGGGAUGGAGCAAAACGGGAGCAGCCAAUCUGACUAUCCACGACCUCAGAGUGACAGACUCGGGCACCUACGAGUGCAACAUCCGUCUGAAUCCAAAGACCAAAAGUGAAAUUUACUCCACGGUAACCCUGGAGGUAGAUCCAGGUGAAAGAGAUGUCUGGGCAAACUCCACAGAGGUCACAGUAAAAGCAGGGGAAAAUCUAACCCUCCAUUUUUCCCACAAUCUGAAAUGUUUUACAUCUAAUCUACACCUAACCUGGAAGCAAGACAGAAACUUGGUUGCUUUCAUGAGCGUUGGCCAGGAGCGACAAGUAAAACAGAACCUUGGUGUUUCGGCCAACUAUAUUAAUGGAAAUGCCACUCUGCUGCUACAAAACAUCACACCUUCCCAAGCAGGCAACUACACAUGUUGCUUUAAAGAUUACGCCUCCACUGAAGAACGUUGUGCGGUCAUAAAUGUUGUCAUCACAGAGAACUGGAGCGGCGCAGAAUCAACUCUGAUUCACAAUCACUCCAUGUUAACCUUACUGCUGGUGGUUCUGUUCAGCUGUGUGAUGACUCUGUGUUAAAAUGAAGAUCUAGAGGAAGUCCGUGUAAUUUUUCUCGAGCCUGUGAAGAUGGAGUCUUGUACCUCAUAUUACUGAUUACAGUGGAAAUAAAUCAACACAAAAUAAAGUUGGUGAAACCAAGUGUAGCCCCCCCCCCCACCCUGGUAAGCCUCAGGCUCGCUCAGCUCACUUCCGUCUGGGGGGAGCAGUGAUCAGUAGCUGCUGUUUGAUU